CAGGCAGCGUCUCGUGAACGCGUUGUUUUGAGGCCAGGAGAGGAACCACCGGUGAAUUGCUCAGUCUUCGACGGUUGAAGUGAUAAUGUGUCGUCGAGGCCCAAAUUAUCAAAUGUUGCCAGGCUCGAGACGAAUGCUGUUCAGGACGCACAACAAAAGUGAAUCUGCUACUGAUUGGAGGAUCAGAAUUUCAUAUUGCCCAUAUCGUUGGUGGUCUCGAGAGGGCAUGGUGAGAGUUUGUGACUGUCACUCAUCUUGACACCUCGUUACAAAUUUCUACCAACCCCAUUCGCAUCAAUUGGGUCCCAAAGGCGGCGAGUCCAAACAUGGACAUUUGUAAAUCCCUUCAUCCGCUCGAUUGGCAACCUUGCCAAAUCGUGGAGACCAACGGGCUAAAAGAUUUGGGCUCGACCUUCAAUCCUUCAAUGGUGUUUUUGUGGCUCCACUAUGAAGACCGUCGUCCAGCGAGAUCUCAAUACUGAAAAGCAUCAGAAAGCGAGUGAGUAAGUGAGUGUGUGUGAGUGGAACAAAAUCCCUCAAGCCACGCCCGAGGAGGCACCAUUUGAGGACCAGUUUUUCGUCCAAACGUGUUGGGAAUCAAGGGAAAAGGCGCGAAAAGAUUGAUUCCAUUCACGCGAGCCACAAAAGUCAGACGAGAUGGUGGAACCGUUCGAGUCCGAGAAUGCGAAUUUGUUCCAUAUUUGGGGAAAGUGAGGCGAGCAGGCAAUUAUGGAGGAGAUUGUGCCCAGCUCCUCGUCCUUUGUGGUGAGCCUCAACUCGACCAAUGAAACUUCCGUGGAUGAAGAGACCUUGACCUUCAUAGUGGAGGGCGUCAUACUGACCAUCGUGUCCACAUUCGGCUUGAUUGGAAAUGUGAUGUCCAUCUUUGUGCUCAUGCGGGUGCAGAAUGUGCAGAAGUCGUUCUCGAAUCUCCUCUUGGGACUGGCAUGUUUUGAUGCCUUGUUCUUGCUCACGGCCAUCUUGGCUUUUGGCCUCCCCAAGCUCUCGGGUUGGUAUGAGCGAAAAGUUUUCUUGCCCAUCAUGGCUCUCACAUUUGGACUUCUACACACGUUCCGCGUGGGAUCCGUGUACGUGACGCUCUCAGUGAAUUUUGAACGGUUCUACGCGAUUGUGUUCCCACUGAAGCACUUCUUUUGGAAGAAGUAUUUACUUCCCGCCGCGGUCAUCUUCACCGUGGUCUACAACUUGCCAAAGUAUUUCGAUAUGCAUAUCGUGCACGACGAAGCCACCAACACAUCCGUGAUCGUGUCCACCGAGAUGCGGCGCAACCCGUUGUACAUGUCGCUCUACGUGUUCUGGAGCAAAUUCAUUCUCAUUGAAAUCAUUCCAUACUUCAUGAUCCUUGUGUGUAACACGUUCAUCAUCUGUAAGAUCACCAAAUCAGCUCAAUUCCGCAAGCGGUUCCAUGCCAAAGACAAGGGGGGCGGGUCCACCAAGCCCUCCCACGCCACAGGAGCCUCCUCGUCGGCAGGGAUGUCUUUCCGUCGGAGUUUCCACACGUCCGUCCGUGCCGACGGAAACGGUCCUCGACGGACGUUUCUCCGCAAGCAAAAGGAGGAACACAACCUGGGCGUCAUAUUGAUCGCCAUGUCCACCUUGUUUGUCAUCUGUCAGUCGUUCAAGAUCGUCCCCGACCUGUACGAGCUCAUCUGGUGCACUCCAGCUGGUUCUGGGGGCGAAUGUCAGUUCGAUACCGUCACGAGCGGCAUCAUUCGGAUCUCACAUCUCUUGGUUUGCUUCAACUCAGCAGCCAACUUUCUCAUCUAUUACCUAAGUGGACAGAAGUUCCGCUUGGCCUGGUUGCACACCUACGGGCCCUGCUUCGGGUACAAGCCCCGACCCGACGAGAUGGGCCUCCAGCAAUCGUUCUACCACCCCAGUGGAUCGGUCAUGGGCGAUCGCGUCUCCCGGAGGACCUUGUCCGCCCGGAAUAAUGAGCCGCACUUUGAGACGGAAACGAGCCGCAUGGGCUCUAGACGAUCGCCUAGAUUGGUCCCUGAGACCCAUCGCUUGUUGGAUCAGACCAUCUCGUUUGAGUCAGGUUAUGACGAGUCUCCCAGUCGACAUUCCACAAAUGGCCUAUUAAACCAUAACCAAGGCUCGAGAAAUAGCUCCAUUAAAGUGGAAAUUCACGGGGGGAAACGAAACAAAAGGCACACCAUAACGACCAAUCCGUUAUUCGACUAGAUCCUGCGGAAUCCCUCAUGUGGAACGAGGGAGGAUCAACGCAGAGCCUGGCUCUCAAUUCUCACUUGAUCAAGAAGAUAUAUAGAUGCAUACGUAGAUGCAUAGAAAGCAUAUAAAUACAUACAUAUAUAUAUAAGAAUAGAUGCUAGACUCUCUCUAAUGUCAGAUAUGUCUCUUUGAUAGGAAGAGGAGAACAAUCUUCAAAACAAAAUACAGAAUAGU